GCGGAAUUUGUUAUGACAGUUCGUGGAAAGUCAUGUUUGCGAGAAUUGCAUUUUCUGGUAAUAUUUGAUUGUUGUAGAUCAUCACCGUGGCCAUGUAUGAUAUCAUGUUUCUUAUCCUAUUUUUUUUACAUUAGUGAAAAAUUCAUUUCAUUUCAUUACAAUUUUAUAUUAAGAGCGUGCAUUUAUUAUUAGCUUAGUAACAUUCCUAAGAAAUGAUUAUAAUAAAUCGUCAUUCGAUUCAACUUGUUAAUUGUAUUAUUUAUUUAUACGCAAUUGUUUGCGACAAUUCGUUUUUUUCAUUCAAAAUUAACCAUAAACAACUAGCAAAAAAGUGAGGUUAUAUUUGUAACUGAAAGCAACUGCUAGUGGAUGAAAUAGCCACUGAUAUUAAGUUAUCUUUUUUAUUAGAAAUAUAUGAUGUAAACAAUAUUAUAUUUUAUAAAAAUGAUUAAAGAGUAUAAGUAAAACUACGAAUACUAAUCAACAAUAGUUUGAUGAAUUAUGAAAAUGUUUAACCUUCUGAUGUCCCCAUUUAUCUUAUAAAAUUUUUUUCAACAUUCUUAGGAUUUUUAUUUCUAUGAUACCUUUUCCUUCCUAAUACAUAUUAGUUCUAAAUGUGUCUAAUCUUGCCUCUUCUAUAUAAAUUAGUAUUAGACUAACCACAUUGUCCAAUACUUUUAAUUUUUUUCUUUUUAACGUUACAAUAAGCCCUUGUAGACUGUAAAGUACUGAUCAGAUCAAUAUUAUCGGAUCAAUACUGUUAUGAUUAUUUAAGCUGUCUAAGGUAUCAAAAAUAUUUGAUACUUUUAUGAAAUUAUAGAUACCAGAAUAUCAAUAUUUCUGUGAAAUCAAUAUCUGUUCUCGUCAAAGUAUAUUUGUUUGAUAUCUAUAUAGAGUUCGACAAAAGGUAAUAUAAUUAAUCAAGUAACUGAAGCAGAGUUUGUGCAAUUUAAUCAAUGAUGAAGAUCAUAAUUACACAAAUUCAAACUAUUAAUCACAAUUACCAAAAUAAUCAAUUAAAUAUUAAAUGAUUUUGAUUAUUAAAUAUGAAAUGACUGAUAAUGCUUGAAAACAAAUUAACAUGGUGACUGGCACUUACACAUUUUGUCUGCGAAACAAAGUACUUCAUUUCUACAAGAUAUUACAUUACAAUAAAGUAUUAUUUAUGUUAUUCAGACUUCUUUGUUAAUGAUAUUUAUUUCCUUUUAAUUGGUGUAAAACAUUUAUUGAAAUAUUAAUACAUUAGUAGUAUUAGAACAAUCUAGCAAGUGCUAAUUGCGAAUCACUUCAAUUCCUUUUAGUACGUUGUCGCCUAUCAAACGAAAGGUUAUCGCAUGAACAAAUCGAAGCCGAAUGUAUCGUAAUAUAUUGCUGACGCUGUUAAAAGAAGAAGAGGAGGAUGAGGAGAUACUCGUCGCCAUUUUGUCGAAAAGGAAGAAGAGAAAAAUAAAACAUAUUUAUAAAGAUCGAGAUAAGGAGGAUCAUGGAAAUUCGUUUAUAAAAAAUCAUUUGCUGUAUGACGAGGAAACAUAUAGACAGUUCUUUAGAUUAAAUAAAAAGCAAGUGGAUUUCGUUUUAAAUUUGAUCGGAAAUAACAUAAAAAAGAUAUCAUCCAGAAGAGUGAAAUAUCCGAUUUCACCAGUGGAAAAGUUGCUUUUAACAUUGAGGCAAGUUUCUUACCACGGGAGAAACGUUCAGAUCACUAUCAGUCGCAUUCAAGAUAUCAUACGGUUAUAUAAGCAUUAUCGUGAGGGAUGUACUAAAAGAAUUAUACAAGAAAUUGGUGCCUAUAUUUUUACCCGAGCCUCAGAUCUCCGACUUUGAAAAGAUUGCCAACGAUUUUACGACGAAAUGCAAUUUUCCAAAUUGUAUCGGGGUAGUAGGUGGAAAGCACGUUCGAGUAUUGUCCCCUAAAAAUAGUGGAUCAUUAUACUCUGAUAAGCAUUAUUUUUCCAUCGUAUUAUUAGCUUUAAUUGACACUAACUGCAGAUUUGUCAUCGUCGACAUUGGUUCUUACGGCGAGGAACGAGAGAGUGGUAUCUUCGAGAAGUCGAUUAUGGGUCGUCACGUGUGUUCGGGGGAAUUUCGCUUUCCGGUGGAAAAGUCACUUCCGGCAUCCGACAUGGUGGUACCACACGUGAUCAUAGCCGAUGAAGCUUUCAGGCUCAGUGACCGUGUAAUGAAACCAUACCCAAAGGAUCAAGCCGCUCAAGACAUCACGAAAGCAGUUUUCAACGAUCGAUUAUACAAAGCCACAAGGAUAUCUGAAAAUGCUUUUGCAAUUUUAUGUCAGAAUUUUCGAAUACUUUGUUCGCCGAUUGCGGUGCUGCCGGAAACUACAAAUCUGAUCAUCACUGCAGCAUGUUGUUUCCACAAUAUGUUACGUGAUGAAUAUCUUAGUAGUGAUGUCUCUCAGACAGACAAUCAGGAAACGAGCACAAGUGUUAAUAAUAUGUUACCUUUGGCUAGAUCAGGUGGUUUCAGCAAUGCAGAGGGUUUUCAGGUACGCGAUAAAUUUCGACGUUACUUUAACACACCGCAAUGUCCGACACACUGUGAAGGAAAUAGUAAAGAUAACGUGUAA